UACAGUACCGUAGUUUAAUACCAAUUGUUUUUCUACAUAUCUUUUACUAGUAAUACUAGCGUUAUUUAAUGUAAAGAAUGUAAUAGCCACUGGAAGUUUCAGAAUAUUGUAGGCUACAUCACAAAACCAGUUUUUUGGUAAAACAAUUAAAUUUUUUUGUACUUUUAAUUGGCCAAACAGACUGUCGUCUUGUUCAAUUACCAGAGUUUCCAUUUCAAUUUCAAUAACAUCAUCAGUGACCUAAAAAUAGACAAGUAAUAAAAAAAAUAACUUCCUUAACAGUUAUUACAAUUAACAAUAAUAACAAACCAUAGUACAAGGUUUUUUAGCUCCAGAAUAAUCUAUAUCUUGUUUGGAUUUCUUUUUUUCAGUUGAUGAAUUACAAUAAUUAUGUUCACCUAAAACUGGAUCACUCAAUGUUUCACUCAUUUUCUAAAAAAAAAAAAAAUGUUAAAAAAUAGACACUAUAAACAAAAUUUAUGAAUUUAUAUUGAAACAUUUCAUUAACUCAUUCUCACUGCCUUUGUGAAAAAUAGAUUUUGAUAAGAAAAGCAAAGAAUUACAAACCUCAGUAAGUGUUAGUUUUACUUCAGGAUAAUCCUUAUCUUUUCUUGGUAGAAUACUCUUUUCAGUUGAUGAGUUAAAAUUAAUAACUUUUGGUUUUUCUCUUUUUGAAUUACAAUUAUUAAGAUUAUAAUAUUAAUAAUGAAUGUUUUGCCAGGAAUAUUUGAUGAAUAAUGUUGUAAUGAUGUUAUCAUUAAGAAUGAAAAAUAACAAAAGUUCCUGCCUCCCCUACCUAACCUCCCUUGUUUAUCCAUUUUAAUGAUAAAAAUGUCUUAUCUAUGACCGGUACGCAUAUGUUCGUUGUAAUAGUAACUUAUAGUUAGUGAACUGAAUUAGUGUAUUACUUUAAUAUGUACUACAUAGGUACGUAACUGCGUGCCUCCUUAUAAUAGUAUACUUAUUUUAACGUACCUUCUAUUUCACUGGAUUACUGGAAAUAUCGAUUGUAAUACGCUAAGCUGUUGAACUAUUAUUAAUCAAUUUUAUUAAUUUGACUACCUACCUUUAAGAGUCCUAAUAUCGAUGUUUAAACAAUUUUUUAAUUAAAAAAUUAUCAUACAUGAAAACAACUAAAAAAGUAUAAUAAAUUAUUCAAUAUUAUUUUAAUUUAUCUAACACCAACUUAAUAUUAAUUUGGGAGUUCAUUUUAUAUUUAUACCGACUUUUACUCUUUAAAUUUGGUAAUAAUAUUAUUUUAUUUUUUUAUUUUCAAUUUAUACAAUGAAAAAAACAUAGAUUUUUUUAUUUUUUGGUUGCAGAUGAUACAUAUUUAUAAUUUCUAGAAUAUCUAAUGUUUAAGAAUGAUAAUAAUAUUAAUAUUACAAAAAUAAACCAAGUUAUUUGAAUUUAGAAUAACAAAACAGCGGAACCUUGACAAGUAUUGUUCCAUUUUAAAAACCUAGGGUAAUUGAAAGAAAAUCUAUAAAUUCUGGGCUCUGAAUUUAAAUAAAUAAUGACAUUUAUCUUGUACAUUCCAUAUAUAAUUUAUUAAUAAUAAUUUUAAUAUAAUAACAAUACACACUAUAAAUUGUAAUAAUAAACAAUGAUAUUAAUUUUGAUUUAUCAAGUUUCACCAUUAUUUAAUUUAAUUAAUAUAAUUUGUUGUGAAAAAGAAAAGGAAUUAAUUUCCAAAUGUAUGGUUUAUUCUCAAUAUUACUUAAUUGAACCGAUUUUUUUUUUACAGAUGACACUUCUACGCGUGCUACUAGUGGUUCCGAUAUUUUUUUGUUUUUUAGUUUGGUUGAGUGUACUCUUUCAUAAUCUACCAGAUAGUCAAGUAGGUAACAUUUUACCAAAAACCUGAUAUUCAUCAAGUCUAUGUCUAUGUAUUUUACCACAUCAUAAAUUUAUAUUUGUAAACGAGAUUAAUGAUAUAAUCUGUACUUAUGAUACUUUUUAUUUUCCAAUUUAGUGUACUAUUAAAUUUACAAUUCCGAAGACCAUAACUGAAAUCAUAGCAUUAAACUCAUGUCUCAAACUGUAUUACACCAGCAACUACUUUAUUGUACUUAUGUUGUUUAGUAGUGUUUAUAUUUUUAAACAGUCAUUUUGCAUUCCUGGAUCUUUUAUAUUAGUAAGUGUAAUAAAUAUAAAUAAAACUUCUAUCUGUUAUUGAUUUAGAAUGCUUAAUUUUUAGAACUUAAUAGCGGGUUCAUUAUUUGGCACCAGUAUUGGAUUCAUUUUGGUAUGCACAUUAUCGAGCAUAGGGGUCUCUAUGUGUUACGUUAUAUCCAAAAUAUGUGGAUUUGAGAAGUUGUUGAAUGAGUUUUUCUCCACUGGUUACAUAGCUAAAAUAAAAUCUUCUCUGGAAAAUUUAGUAAGCAAAAUAAAACAUAACCAUAAUUAACUUACCUAAUACAACAUAUUUGAAACUUCCAUUUAUGCGUUAACCUAUACAAAUAUGGAUUGUGUUUAAUUUAUUAUGCCAUGAUGAUUUUUCAGAUACAAAAAAACAAAGAUCAACUUUGGUAUUUACUUAUAGUCUUACGGGUUAUUCCAAUUACACCAAACUGGUUUUUAAACUUAGUUGCACCAAUUGUUAAUAUUCCUCUUUGGACUUUAACAUAUACAACAUUUUUUGGUACGUUUCCCAAAUAACAAUAAUUUGUAUUAUUAAAAUAAAUAUUUAAUUACCCAUCUUAAACAUGACAUAAUCUAUUUUACAGGAUUGAUGCCAUAUAAUUAUAUUUGCUGCCAAAGCGGUCAAACAUUAUCGAGUAUAAAUUCAUUAGAUGAAAUAUUUACUUUACAAACUACAUUACAAUUGAUGUCAAUUGCUGUAGCCUUGAUAAUGGUGAAAUUUGCAUCGAAAUUUUGUGUAAUAAACAAGUAACUGAAUAAUUUUUGUGAUUUCUUUAAUAUUUUGUCAGUAUAUGCAAUUUUUUUUUUGUUAUAUAUUUUGUAUU